AUGUCUGAUACCGAGCCUCAAGCAGUUCAGGUCUCCCAGACUCCUGAUGGAAUCACAACCAUUAGUCUUUCACGCCCUCACCGCAAAAAUGCCAUAGACGGACCUACAGCCAAAAAGCUCACCGACGCCGUCCUAGCAUUUGAGAACGACGCCACGCAAAAGGUCUGCAUCAUCUACGGCGCGCACGGCACUUUCUGCGCAGGCUUCGAUCUCCACGAAGUAGCCAAAUGGAAUCCCGCUCAGGGAACAGACAACUACCUUGGCCCAAUCAUCGACCCUAGUCACAAGGUUGAAGACCGCAACAUCGGCCCAAUUGGACCUUCUAGAAUGCAAGUAAAGAAGCCCGUCAUCAGCGCCGUAGCAGGCUACGCUGUCGCUGGAGGCUUGGAGCUCUCGCUCAUAGGCGACAUGCGCAUUGCCGAGGAAGAUGCUGUCUUCGGUGUAUUUUGCCGAAGAUUUGGCGUUCCCCUCAUCGACGGCGGUACAGUUCGGCUACAGGCUAUCAUCGGCCUCGGCCGAGCGAUGGACAUGAUCCUCACUGGAAGACCUGUCUCAGCGCAGGAGGCGUUGCAGUUUGGACUCGCGAACCGUGUUGUACCUAAGGGUCAGGCGUUGGUGGAGGCGACCAAGAUUGCGAAGCAGCUUCUCAUGUUUCCGCAGGAGUGCAUGAAUGUGGACAGGGCGAAUUGUUACUACUCCGUAUAUAACGCAUCGUCGUUUCAGGAUGCGUUGAGGAAUGAGUUUGAGAAUGGGGUCAAGGUCAUUACGACCGAGAGUGUGAAGGGCGCGGCGAAUUUCAGUAGUGGAGCAGGACGACAUGGCGUUUUUGAGACAGCCAAGUUCUAG